CGCGCCGCUCCCGCCUUUACUAGUUUGGGGCGCCUUCCCCUCCCAAGAACAGACUAGAUUCGUUUAAAGAAAAGCAACGCACCAAAUACUCGUGGAACCAAAUUCUGCUCUCGCCAGGACUGGGACUGCACAGAGAACUCUCCUUUUGGGAACUCCUUUCGGCUAUCGCGAAGCGAAGCCCCAGCUGCUCCAGGGAGUCUUCCGACCUCCCUGCCCCCGCUCGCCCCUCUCCUGUUGGGGCUUGUUCCGGUCUUCUCUCUUCGGAAGGCACGCGGCCCCCAAGUUAUCCGGAGGAAUCUGUGUUGCCGCUGGAUAGUGGCAUUUAAUGCCUGCAGUGUCGGGGGUGGCAGCGCUCGGGCCGGACGUGGCGAAGCCUAGCGGGCAGCGCUGCUCUGGUGCCGGCUCCCGGAUUGCAGGCCUAAUCGAUGCAUUUUUCUGAGUGAGUCGGUGGCUCCCCCACCCACCUCGUCCGCUCUCUCCUCCUCCUCCUCCUCUUCCUCUCUGGUCUCCUCCCUCCUCCGGGCUGGGUUGCAAAUGGCUUCGUUCCCCGAGACCGAUUUCCAGAUCUGCUUGCUGUGCAAGGAGAUGUGCGGCUCGCCGGCGCCGCUCUCCUCCAACUCGUCCGCGUCGUCGUCCUCCUCGCAGACGUCCACGUCGUCGGGGGGCGGUGGCGGGGGCCCUGGGGCGGCGGCGCGCCGCCUACACGUCCUACCCUGCCUGCACGCCUUCUGCCGCCCCUGCCUCGAGGCGCACCGGCUGCCGGCGGCGAGCGGCGGCGCGCCUGGAGAGCCGCUCAAGCUGCGCUGCCCGGUGUGCGACCAGAAAGUAGUGCUAACAGAGGCGGCGGGCAUGGACGCGCUGCCUUCGUCCGCCUUCCUGCUCAGCAACCUGCUUGACGCGGUGGUGGCCACUGCCGACGAGCCGCCGCCCAAGAACGGGCGCGCCGGCGCCCCGGCGGGCGCCGGCGGCCACAGCAACCACCGGCACCACGCUCACCACGCGCACCCGCGCGCGUCCGCCUCCGCACCGCCACUCCCGCAGGCACCGCAGCCGCCCGCGGCUUCCCGCUCGGCACCCGGCGGCCCGGCCGCUUCCCCGUCGGCGUUGCUGCUGCGCCGGCCUCACGGCUGCAGCUCGUGCGAUGAGGGCAACGCAGCUUCCUCGCGCUGCCUCGACUGCCAGGAGCACCUGUGCGACAACUGCGUCCGAGCGCACCAGCGCGUGCGCCUCACCAAGGACCACUACAUCGAGCGCGGCCCGCCGGGUCCCGGUGCCGCGGCAGCGGCGCAGCAGCUGGGGCUCGGGCCGCCCUUUCCUGGCCCACCCUUCUCCAUCCUCUCAGUGUUUCCCGAGCGCCUCGGCUUCUGCCAGCACCACGACGACGAGGUGCUGCACCUGUACUGUGACACUUGCUCUGUGCCCAUCUGUCGUGAGUGCACAAUGGGCCGGCACGGGGGCCACAGCUUCAUCUACCUCCAGGAGGCGCUGCAGGACUCACGGGCACUCACCAUCCAACUGCUGGCAGAUGCCCAGCAGGGACGACAGGCAAUCCAGCUGAGCAUCGAGCAGGCCCAGACGGUGGCGGAACAGGUGGAGAUGAAGGCGAAGGUUGUGCAGUCGGAGGUCAAAGCGGUGACUGCAAGGCAUAAGAAGGCCCUGGAGGAGCGCGAGUGCGAGCUGCUGUGGAAGGUAGAAAAGAUCCGCCAGGUGAAAGCCAAGUCUCUGUACCUGCAGGUGGAGAAGCUGCGGCAAAACCUCAACAAGCUUGAGAGCACCAUCAGUGCCGUGCAGCAGGUCCUGGAGGAGGGUAGAGCGCUAGACAUCCUGCUGGCCCGAGACCGGAUGCUGGCCCAGGUGCAGGAGCUGAAGACCGUGCGGAGCCUCCUGCAGCCCCAGGAAGAUGACCGAGUCAUGUUCACACCCCCUGAUCAGGCACUGUACCUUGCCAUCAAGUCUUUUGGCUUUGUUAGCAGCGGGGCCUUUGCGCCACUCACCAAGGCCACGGGCGAUGGCCUCAAGCGCGCCCUCCAGGGUAAGGUGGCCUCCUUCACAGUCAUUGGUUAUGACCACGAUGGUGAGCCCCGUCUCUCAGGAGGUGACCUGAUGUCAGCUGUGGUCCUGGGCCCUGAUGGCAACCUGUUUGGUGCAGAGGUGAGCGAUCAGCAGAAUGGGACAUACGUGGUGAGUUACCGGCCCCAGCUGGAGGGUGAGCACCUGGUAUCUGUGACACUGUGCAACCAGCACAUUGAGAACAGCCCUUUCAAGGUGGUGGUCAAGUCAGGCCGCAGCUACGUGGGCAUUGGGCUCCCAGGCCUGAGCUUCGGCAGCGAGGGUGACAGCGAUGGCAAGCUCUGCCGCCCUUGGGGCGUGAGUGUAGACAAGGAGGGCUACAUCAUCGUUGCCGACCGCAGCAACAACCGCAUCCAGGUAUUCAAGCCCUGCGGCGCCUUCCAUCACAAAUUCGGCACCCUGGGCUCCCGGCCUGGGCAGUUCGACCGACCAGCCGGGGUGGCCUGUGACGCCUCACGCAGGAUCGUAGUGGCUGACAAGGACAAUCAUCGCAUCCAGAUCUUCACCUUCGAGGGCCAGUUCCUCCUCAAGUUUGGUGAGAAAGGAACCAAGAAUGGGCAGUUCAACUACCCUUGGGAUGUGGCGGUGAAUUCUGAGGGCAAGAUCCUGGUCUCAGACACGAGGAACCACCGGAUCCAGCUGUUUGGGCCUGAUGGCAUCUUCCUAAAUAAGUAUGGCUUCGAGGGGGCUCUCUGGAAGCACUUUGACUCCCCACGGGGUGUGGCCUUCAACCAUGAGGGCCACUUGGUGGUCACCGACUUCAACAACCACCGGCUCCUGGUGAUUCACCCUGACUGCCAGUCGGCACGCUUUCUGGGCUCGGAGGGCACGGGCAAUGGGCAGUUCUUGCGCCCACAAGGCGUAGCCGUGGACCAGGAAGGGCGCAUCAUUGUGGCAGAUUCCAGGAACCAUCGGGUACAGAUGUUUGAAUCCAACGGCAGCUUCCUGUGCAAGUUCGGCGCUCAAGGCAGCGGCUUUGGGCAGAUGGACCGCCCUUCUGGCGUCGCCAUCACCCCCGACGGAAUGAUCGUGGUGGUGGACUUUGGCAACAAUCGAAUCCUAGUCUUCUAAUUGCAUUUCCUAGGUUUCUGUGUUUGGGGUGUGUGUGCGUCUCUCUCCCUCUCUUUCUCUCUCUUUUUGAAUUUCAAAGAAGAAACAGUCUCAGGGAAAUUUCUUUUUUCUUUUUUUUUUAAAAGAGAACAAGAGAAGUACAACAUUGCUUAAGUCCUACCUCAUCUUUAUUUUUUUACAGAUGAAUGUACUUAUCUUUUCUGCAGGGAUUGAGCCUGUGAAGUGAUAAUUUCUAUCUACCUCAUAAAUCUUUACAUUUCCUUCUGCAGCAGGCCCUCUUCCCCUCCUCAGUGGAGUUUGCAUUUCCCUCUUCCCCUGCGUGGGGCAUGAUAUGCACAAGCCUGGCAUCCGUAUGGCUGGGAGGGCACUGGAUGUGUGUGGUGGGGUGUAUUCUGUAGAUUGAGCCAAGGAAACACAAAAAAAAACUACUAAGUAAAAAAACAAAAAACUAUAAAACAUGGAAAAAAUAGGAUUUGAAAUGCAUAGUUAUAGAGUAUCUGUGUUCUUGAGAAUACUGUGUUUAUAUGGGGUUAGAUUAUGUUGUGUCGUUUUGAUCUUUUGGAAAAUCUUCUCUUUUUUUAAAUGCUGCAACAGAGAAAUUUCCUCUGUUCUGUUAUACCUCAGUGUGUUUAACAUCCUCUUCUGUAUCUUUUCUUAAUCUUAGACGUUGUGGCUGUGGCUUGCUAGCCAAGAAAAGCAGACCCUUCAUGUUUUAGGGUAUAUAAUCUUUAUUUCUUUUAAGGGAGGGUGUGUGCGUGUUUGUUUCAAAGCCAUCUUGCACCCAAGUAGCUGAAAAUGACACACUGCCUCCCAAAGAAGCUCUCCUUUUCACACUUUGGUUUCUUGAAAAAAUAUAUAGAUGGUAGCUCAGGAUUUUUGAUUAAACGUAUUCUCGAAAGUUAAGCUUUCUUAUUUUGCUGUUAGGUUAUAAAGGGUUAAAUGGAAGGAAGAAGGAAAUUAACCUCAUUCUCAGAGAGGGUUUUCAGGCAUGGGCUGAUGUGGACAUGAGUGUGGGUGGAUGUGUGUGCUGAGGGAGUCAGGGAGCACAUUAAAGAACAAGGCACCCCCAAUCUAUAGUUGUUCUGUAGUCCUUGGAGUUUCUUUUCCUAAGAAGAGUAGACAAAGGAAAGAACUUCCAUUUUACAAGCACAAUUUUUUUCCUGCUUUGAAAGUUCAGGGAAAUACAAUGUUUGAAAGUCAAAAUAUACCAACAGCCCAGUCCCACACCCUCUGCUUGGGUCACUUUUUAUAGGAUUGUUUGCACCCAGGCCAUGCUUUAGGACCUCGUGGUUAACAUGAAUCCCCCCGCCCCCCUCCCCUCAAGGCCUUUGAAUAUAAAGGAUCUAGAAACCAAAUUGUCCAAACCUGAAAUGUAGGAUGUAAUGUCUUUUCUUAAACCUGUAACUCGGUACCAAAGAAUGAAAAUUUAAGGCUCCCACUGCGGAACUGUGGGGUAGAAUCUGUGUCACUUUACAGGAUUGGUUGGUUGUAAGCUGGACUUGGGUACAAAACUUGUGCUUCUGGGCAUUGUCUGUCUCUCAAGUGCAAAGCAGAUGUAGCUGAUACCCUGCUUGUCAGAAUCCAGUGGGUUCCUGCAUUGCCCCAAAUACUGAAACAAGAACCAAAUUCUGGAGGAGCCCUCCUCAGGGAAAAGAGGGACUCGCAAACAAACGUCAGUGACUUACAAGGGAGACCUCUUGUUUGAAAAUAAAGACUUAGGGAUUAACUUCUGUUCUCUAUUUACGAGAAAUUUCUAUUGCAAAAUGGGUAUAGUUUUAAAUGAACAAAACAGAUUAACAAAUGGAGCAAUUUGUUUCUAUUAUCCCAAUAGAAAAGGAUAUGAUGGGGACAAUGUGACAAGUCAAUCAAGUUGCUUUUCCCAUAUACCUCUUUUGGAUGUUUAAUUUACUACUACUACAAGCUACGCUGUCUCUUCCCAUUGCUUUAAUUCUAGGGUUUCUGAGUGACCAAAAUGGGAAGGAAAAAAAGAACCUCAUCUCACAGAGGAGAACUGCAUGCAAUAAAAGAUUCAAAAGUUGGAAAGUAACUUCAAACUGCUGCUGGCUCCCAGCUGCUGUUACAGGGUGGGAAGGUGUUAAGAAAUCUUGUUUGUUAGAAGCUCCUUUUACUGUAGAAUUUAAUAGCGAAUCCUUCCCCAAUGCCUAUUCAGUUGCCUUUUGGCCAUGAAGCUCUUUCUGGUAAAGAGUUAAUAUAAUUAAACAUUUUUGCUGUUUUCUAUUUUGGAGUAACUUGGUGCUGAUCUUCCCUCUCCGCAGCCGCCCAACAAACCACCCUUUAAAUACCAAAGACAACUGGUUUUAAAUGCUUGAAAAAAAAUUUUAUUGAGGAGAUGGAUCUUGAUUAAAAUCCUUUCAUAGUCAUUUUCAUUCCGCUCUUUUCUUUCUAAUUUCCCCAGAUGUGGGAAAAUUUAGGGACCUGAAUGAGAAAUAUUCUUGGUGCGUAACAGUUGCUAGAGCUCCUUAUUUGACAUUUUACUAUGAAUGUGAUUCGAAAGCCAAGAUUUUCGCUCCAUGGCUGAAAUUAUUAUCAGGUCUUAAUUUACAGACUUAAAAAUUUGCAGGCUUAGAGCAACUAGAAACUAUCCCCUGAAAUAUGUGUGUAGGUCAGAGAUACUACUACCUUUGUCCUCAGUGGUGGUGUAUCUCCUUACCAUUCUGUAUCCAGAAUGGUGCAUGACUGGUAUUUGAGAAACAUGGUCACACUUGGAAAGCUUUUGUUUUUAAAACAUUGGCCGUUUUUGGCUGUCCACGAUUGACUCCUGACCCAUAGGGAUUGGUGCGAAGCACUUUGGAGAGUUCAUUGUAUGAUGUGAAGUGUUCAAAUCAAAGAAAGAUGAUAAAAGCCAACAUUUGGCAGUCCCUAGUGUGAAACUGAAAAGUACCUGUGUUUAAAUACGUAAUCUCCUGCCCAUUAUGAGGUAAUGCCAGGGUAGCCAGGAGUUGGGUCAAAGAAGGGAGUCUUCAGCCUGAUGGAAAAAAUAAGGUCCUGGGUGUUAGGAGGUAGGAGAAUAAAAAGGUUUCUGGGGCGUAAAUGUGACAAUUAGACAGUAGUCCCCAUGGAGGUCUGAUCUGGUCAGGUGGCAAGGGUUGGGUGGGGGAUGAUAUAAGCUCAGUUUCUGUUUGGAGAUGCCCAUUGGGUUUGGAUAUAUAGGUUUGGGUAUUGAGGUGUUUAAAGGAAAUCUAACCCAUAGGUAAAAACUACUUUUGCUUGACACUUAACAUUUCAAAAGUGCUAUUUGUGGUCCCGAGAUCUAAUGCUGUCUCAGAACGUGUGCCCUGUUGUGGCUGCAAGUGGCACUCAAGUUGACUAGAGCACAGUGACCUGGGCUGUACCCCAAGUGCACUAACUCCUCAAUGCCCUUUUAAGUCUAACUUACUUGGGAAAACACGUAACAAAGGGUACCAUAAACCGAAUCCAAAUUACAUGUUGGGCCAAAAAUGUUGCCAGAAUUGAGGCACUUUGUGAUGGAGUUGCAAGAGAAUAGCUUGAGAUCGGCUCAGUCGGAUUUAUUCUAGUUAAGCCAAAGCUUAAUUAUUUGAGGAGGAAAGUCCCUUAGGCUUGAAGCAGCAAAAUACUGUUUAUAUAUAUGUUGCCUUCCUCAUUGGAAGAUUCUAAGAUUGCUCUGUUCUGGUAGGUGGUGAAAGAUAUGCCAAAGUUUUAGGCUUGUUUUUCUGAUUUUAUUUUAUUUUUUAAUCCAGUGGUGCCAAAAAGUAUUUAGGGUAUAUUUAAGGUGUAUUUAAAACAUCACUCUGAAUGAGUUUCCAACAGUCUGGGGCUGUAUAAAAGUCACACUCUUGUACUUGUAGGUGAUGGUGUCACAGGGCCAGGCCUCCAGAGCUCUACGGCUUUCUCUGGCAUUCUGUAGGGCCAAGGGCAUAGGACACAGCAUUCCAGACCACACUGACUGCUUUUGUUGAGUUUCUACCUCACUUGUGGCAAGUCAUCUACCUCAUGUUAGCAUCUGACAGGUCUCAAAAAGAAUAGUAUUAAUCCAGUGGGGAGUGGGUGGGAGUGGGAAGCUACCUCUAAAAGAAAUGUUACCAUAAAUCUACAACUGAUUUCUCCCAGGAGAAAUGUUUUAUUUACCUUGAAAGAGAAAUGUCAGGCAAAUGUAGUCAUAAAUCCAAGUAGUUCUUCGCAAUCUGGCUUUUCCCCCUCCAAAAGAAUUAUGCAUACCGUAACUAUUGUUCAGUAUGAUGAAACUACUGGUUAAUCUGGCCUAUUGGAGGACUUAACUACAAAUAAAGACCUUUAGGUCUCUUUCUCUUCAAGAGAAAAAUAUUUUAUCUGUAUUUCAAAUGUCUGCAAGUAAUACCCUUUAGGAGCAAUUCUAAAGGUCUAGUUCUUGGAAACAUCAAAUAUUUGAAGGGAAUGAGAAUCCUCUUGACUUCAUGAUUGUAUUUGUAGCUCUCUGGACCCAGCAGGACAUUCAUCACCAUGAUGUUGGAGCAAUCACUGUUUUCACUGAGCAGUGACUGUUGAAGUAUGUAUUGCUCUUUUGUUUUGUGUUUUGAUUUUUUUUCUACCAAAGGUAACAUGUUGACGGGUUUUUUUUUUUUUUCCUUGUUUAUUAAAUACUUGAUAAAGUUGAGAAGCACAUUACCAGGAUAUACUGUAUUGACCUUCCCACCUCUCUUCUGCCCUAAUUUUUGGUUGGUUGGAAGAGAGGAGGAGGGUCCUAAGACCACUGUCAUUAUCAUGAGGGGCUUAUAAAUGUCAUGGUGAAGAAAUACCUCAAUGAUGUCUAUUUUUAAAACUGAUCUUACGGGUUAACAAGCCAGCCUGGUGGGAUGUUUUCCAUCAUCAUUUAACCAAUAAUGGUUCUAAAAGUUUUGUGUAUCCACAUGGUCGUAGACCUCCUUUUAAUGAUUGUAUUAACUUACAAGCUCAGGUAGUAUUUUUCUGAAGACUCUUAUCUCAGAGCACACUGACUGAAUGUUGAUGUGUGUAGCGAAGUGUUUACUUUCUUUAAAUAACCAGCUCUGUAACUCUGUAAGUUCUUUGUGUUUCUAGCCGUCUGUGUAGUUGUCUUCUUCGGAGGAAGAUUUUUCACAUUUCUGGGAUUUUCUUGCUUUUAGGGUGGCCGUAGGCAUGACAGGCAAUGAGCAGGUGAAGAACCAAUGGAAAAGUAUUCAGAAACUCCUGUGUGAGCUCACAGGCUUCUGAAUGUAUCGCUGUGGUCCACAGAGAAGGCUGGAGAAGGUAGCAAGGAGAUGCUGUAUCAGCUACUACAGCCUUAAAACAAAGUUGGUGUCUCUUUGGACUUUAAAAUUGUUCCUAUGCAGCUUAUUUUAUUUUUGUUUAAUCAAAUAAACAAGAGGGUUUUUCCAUGG